UGUCAGGGGAGGGGUGUGUGCUGAGCGGUGCGGGGGCCCGAACGCUUUCCCAUGCUUUGCUCCGUGCCGUGUAAUCGCAACAGUCAUUACAAGCACUUUGAGACAGACAGAAGGUCGAAGAGUAUUGUUAAAGUUUUGUUCCGGUUUUAAAUAACGAACGGGCGUCACCAUGGGGAAGGGGUGCAUCACGGCCACCAAAUAUUUCCUGUUCCUCUUCAACCUCCUGUUUUUUCUGUUCGGAGCCCUGAUCAUGGGCUUUGGCCUGUGGGUCCUCCUGGACAACCAGAGCUUCAUCGCUGUGCUGCAGGAGGAGUCCAACACGCUGAAGGUGGCCGCCUACAUGCUGAUUGGCGUGGGCGCCCUCUCCAUGCUCAUGGGCUUCCUGGGCUGCGUCGGCGCCAUCUACGAGAUCCGCUGCCUCCUCGGUCUGUACUUCACCUGCCUGCUCCUCAUCCUGAUCGCCCAGGUGACGGCCGCUGUGCUCAUCUACUUCCAGCGGGACCUGCUGAAGCGAGAGAUGGGUGGUAUUGUGAAUAAUAUCAUGAUCAACUACACUGGGGAGAACAAGACAUCUGACGUGGCCUGGGACUACCUACAGAGAACGAUUAAGUGCUGUGGCUGGACAGGCCCUGCUAACUGGACGGAGAACAUCAGGAUAAAGAACAGCUCCGUGCCCCUCUACCCCUGCUCCUGCAAUAAUGCCACAUUGAACAGCGGUGACUUACCGCAGUCUGGCCUAUGUGAAUCCCACCCCAGCACUGACUGGCCCGUCUACUCCAAGGGCUGCAUGACCAAUGUGGAGGGCUGGCUCCUCGACAACUGUGGAGUAAUCCUGGGGAUCUGUAUCGGCGUGGCUGUCAUCGAGCUCCUGGGAAUGAUCCUGUCUGUGUGUUUGUGCAAGGCUGUCCACCAGGAGGACUACAGCAAAGUGCCCAGAUACUGAGGCUGUGAAUGGAAGGAACUGAGAACCGUGUUCAUGUACAGACCCACACACACACACACACACACUCACUCACUCCCUCACUCUCUCACACACACACACACACACACACACACACACACACACAUACACAAAACAACACAAUCACUUUUGUAAAGCUUUCCAUCCUCCACACAAAAGCAAGAAAUCAAUUCUGCUCACCCCCUCCCCCCUCUCAUCUUUUUUCCGUUUCAUCCAUUUUCACUACAUGCUAUGGGACACGUACACACACACACAUGUUUAUUCCCACGUUUAUUCUCAUUUGUUUUGAGAGGAAUGUCUCAGAGACAGAGGUACAGUUGUUACCCCCCCCAAUCGCUGCACAGAAAUCAUGCACUCUGCUAUGACGCACUUAUGGAGCUCUCUGUGUUGAUCUUUACAUUGACACACCAGGAGCAUUAAUCAGUAGCUGAUGCUUGGCAGUGAUGGAGCCUUUGGGGUGCAGGGGGGUUAUGGGGGGGGGGGG